UUUUUACAAACAGCUAUCUGUUCAAACUGCAGAAAACACUUAUCAUCAGGCAAACCAGAUGAACAUGUUGAAGUUUCAGUGCCAAAUGAGCAAAUCCCUGUAGAGCCAUUGUUAGAGAUUGACUAUGACAACAAUUUAGCUUUAAACAUUAAUAGAGAAAAAAGAGAAGACAAAUGUUAUAGUUCAGAUUCAUGUAAAAAACUUUUGAAUGAUCACCAAAAGGAAACAACAACAGAUGGUAAUAGUCAAACAGAGAGUGAAAGUAUGUGCUUUGAGACAGGUGACAGUCAAUAUUCAGAGGCAUCAGUUUGUAUGAUGGACAAAUUACAGAGGCUGAAUUCCUUCCUGGCAACAUCAGAUGUAUCACCUGUGAAGGAAAAAUUGAUUCCAUUAUUAGAAUCUACACAUAAAACCAAGCAGAGAUGCGUGUCAAAAGCACUGCAGUGUAUGUCAGUAAUAUGUGAAACCAUCUGCCCUGGAGAGGGAGACACUUUGAAAGAUUUGAUGUUUAAGUCUGUAUUUUCGGCACAUAAACCUGAAAAGUCCUCUACACUUGAUGAAGCAGCACUAAUACUAAAGGACACAUAUAAUUCUGCAGAAACAUGGACAUUAAGAAGACAAAUUCUAUCAGUCUUAUCCAGAAAUUACAGCUUUGAUGAGGUCAGAGAGAUGAUACCGGAUCUGACAAAGUACAGAUUUUAUGCUGCCAAACAGCACAGUGAUGAAGUAGGUUGUGGCCUCCCAGUGUCCAGAGAAAAACUAACAAGAAACAAGAUAGACAUAGCAGAGUUGGAACACUUCAUAGAUUUCAUCGUCAGCUCAGAUGUUGUAAAAGAUCUGCCUUUUGGUAUGAAGACUAUGAAGCUAACAUCUGGAGAAAUAGUCAAUGUUCCAAAUUUGAUACGAAGCCUUGCACCGUCAUCCCUUGUUAACCAGUACAUCCAGUUCUGUGAUUCCGAAAAUGUUGGUCAUUUAGGAAGAAGUACAAUGUAUAAGAUACUUAAUGACUGUGCUGCUUCCGUUAGAAAAUGUGUUGAGGGACUUGAUUAUUACGUUGCAGAGGGUGGAAAGGCAUUUCAAGAUCUUGAAAUAAUCAUAGAAAAACUUAGUGCAUCAAGUGAAAAGAAGAAAGAAUUGAAGUCAAAAUUGCUGAAUGGGAAGAGAUACAUAAAGUCAGAUUUUAAGGUACAUAUCCAAAAAGAGAAUGCUGUUCCAGAUCAUUGCCAAAUGUUUGCUCUAAGUGAUAGUGAAAAGUGCUUCUCCCAAAGUUGUAACACCCAGCAUAAACACAGUUGUGUACAGUGUAUUGACCUGGCAGAUUUGUUAGCUGAAAUAAGUACUCUAACACAGGAUGGUACAUGGGACAAUAAAGAUUCCAUUGUAUUCCAGGUUGAAAAUGCUGUAGAAGCUAUAAAAGAUUGGAAAAGUCAUGCUAUGAGAGCUAGGAAUCAAGAAGGUGCAAGGCUAGAUCUAUUAAAGAAUUUAAAUGAAAAUCAAGCACUUAUCACAUGUGACUGGGCAAUGAAAUUUCUACCACGCAAAUUUAGAGAAGGACAGAGUGACUGGUUUGCCAAACGUGGAAUCAACUGGCACAUUUCAGUAACUUUGUACAAACAAGGGGAAGAACUAAAGACAAUAACACAUGUACACAUUUUUUCAUCCCAGAUAUCUCAAGAUGGUUCUGUUACUGCUUCUGUGUUGUGUGAUGCAGUCCAUGAUCUGACAAAACAAGUACCAAACAUACAGGAGGUGAACUUCUUCUCAGAUAAUGCAGGAUGCUACAAGAACACAAUGAUGAUGGUAGCCCUUAGAGCUGAACUGGGGGAUAAGUUGAAAACGUACAACUUCAGUGAAGCACAGGAUGGCAAAGGUCCAUGUGACCGCAGGGCUUCACAUAUCAAGGCAUAUGUUAGAAGAUACAUUAAUGAGGGUCAUGAUGUCACAUCUGCAGAGGAGAUGAAACAGGCUAUAGAGGUUAAACAGAAAGGAUCAUUCAGGGUUAGAGUCGUUGACAUUGUAACUAAUUUGGAUGCAGAGAAGUCAAAGAUAAAACCAAUAACUGGAAUUACACAAUUGCAUAAUUUUUCAUUUGAUGUCAAUGGAAUAACAGUUUGGAAGGCAUAUGGAAUAGGAGAAGGAAAGCGAAUAUCAUGGGACAACAUUGGAACCACAGAGCAAAGAACCAAUCUGUUGGUUAAAGUUGAUUGGACAAUUGCAGCUCCUCAGUUGUUGGAAAUAGAAGUUAUGGCACAAGAAGAAGAACUUGUUGAACCAAUUCCAAAAAAACAAAAGAAGAACUCCAUAAAUCAGCCAUAUGAUUGCCCAAAAGAUGGCUGCACAAGAGCUUUUAAAACUCAAUGUGCACUGGAGCAACACAUCAUUGUUGGUAAUUGUGAUUAUCACAAUGAAAAAACAACUCAAGAUAAAGCAAAAACAAUGUAUGGACAAAAGGUUAACUCUUUGUUUGACGGAACAAGGGUUCAACUUGAUUGCAACUUAAGUGACUGCCGUACUUCAGAAUCGGGAAGAGGAUGGGCACUGAAGAGUAAAAAGAAAAGAACUGUUUUUAGUCAAUCCCAAGUGAACUACAUGAAGGAAAAAUUUGAUAUUGGGAAGGUAUCGGGUAGAAAAGUGGAUCCAUUUCAAGCAGCUGAUGAGAUGAGACAGUUGCAAGAGGAGGGGAAAUAUGUAUUUUCCAGGAAAGAUUAUUUAACUGGGCAGCAGAUAACAGCCUAUUUUUCAAGGUUGGCACUUAAAGACCGAAAGACCGACCUUGAAGAUUUCAGAUCUGCCGAAGAGGAAACUAACAAAAGAUGCCUUAAACAAGAGAUUUUGGACAGUGUUUCUUUAUAACUGUGAUCAAUCACGACAAUGAACAGUUCCUCCGUAGAAUUAUGCUCAAUCAUCUACUUUCAAUCAUCAAAUAUUGUAUCACAUGUUUUUAGAUAACACAUAUAUAUAAUUCAGUUUUAAUAUAUGUACUUUUAUGUUUUUUUGUUAAUUCUAGUAUGAACAUUUAACGCCAAAUUUCAUUUUGUCAAGGCAAAAACUUGUUGAAAAUUUUACCUUGACCUUUUAACAGUUGAUCUGAAAGUACGAUUUGAACCUUUCUUAACCUCUAAAUGACAUAUCCUAAUUUGCUGACUAGCUAAAUUAAAGAAAACAAUUCAAUAAGACCUGUUAUAAUACUAGACUAAGACUAGACAAACAUUUUUCUAUAUUUGAUCAUGUAAUUUCACCUUAACCCUUGACCUUGAAUUUUGUGGAAAUGACCUUGGUAUUUGACCAGCUUGAUUAAUAAAAACUAAUAAAUAUAAUGUCCUUCAAGUUAUCCUUGAUUUAAUAUUAUCCUAUUAAUUGAAGUUAACAUGAAGAAAAUUAAAACAUAUCGGGAAGUGGAGUAAUUUUUUUCUAGUUAUUUUUUUUUAUUUUGACCUUGACCUUCGAUCUUGAUUUUUUUAAUCUGGCAAGUUUUAUUUGGAUUUCUUUCUUUAUAGCAAUAAACAAUGUAAAUAUAUAUUAUUAACAUUAAACAACAGCCAGGAAUAUCAUUGGAAAUCUACAAAUUUUGUCAAAAUUGUCAAUAUUUUAGAUCUUUGACAUUGACCUCUGACCUUGACCUUUAGAGUAUUGAUCUUAAAUUCCUUAUCAAUCUUUUGCUUUUCAUAUCACUCAUUUGCCUAUCCUUUUUGAACAUUUUGGUUAAUAAUUGAAAGUAAAAAAAUAAAAAAACAUUACUUUGAUAUGUGUCAAAUGCAGAAAAUUUGCAACUGGGUGGGGGCUUUUUGGGGUUCAUGUUUCACUAUAAAUACUUCUUACCCCACUAUAUUUUUUUUUAUUUUGGACAGCAUAAUAAUAAUGUUCUUUGAAAAGAGUAAUAACUUUAUCAGUGAUUUGGUGCAUUUUUAUAUAUUAGCCUUAGAAAACCAUUCAAAAUUUGACAUUAAAAAAAAUGAAAAAAGGGGGGUGACCUUCUAUAUUUUUUUUAUCGUAAGGAAAUAUUGAAAUUUAUCAAUAGAUAUAUUUAUGUCAUGAUUAAACUUUAUUAAGUUCA